AAGCGUAAUUUUCAUUUCUUGCUCACCAGCUUGGUGAUGGACGAUUAUUUAAAUGAAAAAGUGAGCGAGUUUGGUGCCGUUAAUAUUACAGGGUUUCGCAUUUUAAAGCCCUCGACACAUGAGUUUAGGCAGUUUUUUAAUCAUUGGCGUAAAACUGAUUCAACCGGUGUUAAUGGCGAUGGAAGUGGUGGGAAAGCGAUUGUGUCGGCUGACGCUGCCAUGAUGUACGAUGGUGCCAAGGUACUUUUGGACACUUACCAACGUCUAUUGGCCCGUCAUGGUGAUGCAUUUAGAUCGGCAUCUCGUCGUGGUGAAAUUUACAGUUCAGGUUCAAAAGGCAUAGACUGCAGGGUUAUCGGCAAAAUUUUUCAGUCGACGUGGUAGAAAUGACAAUUAAUAGCGAGAUGGCCAAGGAGGAGCCGUAUCUGAUGUAUAAGGCAAAAGAGAAAGGUGUAGUGAAUGAGGGCAAUAAUCUCUUUGAGGGCUACAGCAAAGAUCUGGCUGAUCUAAUAUCUAAUAACCUGCAAAUUAAUUACGAACUCCGAUUAGUUAAGGACAGUAAGUACGGGGCACUCGAUGCCAAUUCCCAUCAAGGUUGGAAUGGUAUGGUCGGCGAAUUAAUCAGACACGAAGCGGACAUGGCAAUCGCACCAUUAACAAUUACAUCAGCCCGGGAACGGGUAAUUGACUUUACCAAGCCAUUUAUGUCACUGGGCAUAUCGAUUAUGAUCAAAAAGCCAGUGAAAAAGAACCCGGGCAUUUUCUCGUUCAUGAACCCACUUUCAAGUGAGAUCUGGAUGUGUGUCAUACUGUCAUACGUUGGCGUAUCGGUGGUGCUAUUCCUGGUCUCCCGGUUCUCGCCCCGGGAGUGGCGCUAUGAGGACACACUACUGGGCCCACACGUGUCCAACGAUUUCUCGUUUUACAAUUCGCUGUGGUUUUCAUUGGGCGCCAUAAUGUCUCAGGGAUGCGAUGUUUGUCCUAGAUCUGUUCCAGGCCGAAUCGUGGGCAGUGUAUGGUGGUUUUUUACAUUGAUUUUGCUGUCAUCGUACACGGCUAAUUUAGCCGCGUUUUUAACGGUGGAGCGAAUGGUAACUCCCAUUAAUUCUGCCGACGAUUUAGCCAAACAGACUGAAGUAGAGUACGGUGUGCUCAGACACGGCUCGUCUAUGGACUUUUUCAGGAGAUCAAAGAUCGCGGUUCAUCAGCGUAUGUGGGAAUUCAUGCACUCAAAGCAAAACGUUUUCGUCGACUCCAGCCGUGAAGGCAUACGUCGUGUGCGGGACUCGAAGGGAAAGUACGCGUACCUCAUAGAGAGCACACAAAAUGAUUACGUGAAUGAAAGGAUGCCAUGUGAUACAAUGAAGGUGGGCCGCAAUCUAGAUGCGAAGGGUUAUGGUGUGGCCACACCUUUAGGCUCAUCUAUUAGGGAUUCAUUGAACCUAGCGGUGUUGUUUCUUAAAGAGAAUGGUGAUUUGACAAAAUUAGAGAAUAAAUGGUGGUACGAUCGGAGCGAGUGUAAAAUCAAAGAGAAAAAGGAUGCUAAUCAGAGCGAGCUAACACUAGACAAUGUGGCAGGGUGCUUUUAUAUAUUAAUUGGUGGACUCAUUUUGGCUAUGAUUGUAGCACUCAUGGAAUUUUUGCUCAAAUCACAAAUGGAGUCCAAACGCAAUAAUCUGGCUAGCGACUCGUUUACCACCACGUCCACGUAAAUUAAUUUGUUUUUUGAUGAAACGUUGGUAGAUUCAUCAUGGUCACUAUCAAAAUUGUUCAAUGUGCUUG